UUAGCGCUAACGUGUACAAAUAUUUAGCAAGCCCUAGCUCUCUCAUAUUAAUACAGAUUCCCGAAAAAGACAGUGGAAAACAUCGGCUGGUUGCGAUGUCGACUGUCGAAGAACUCAAGCUCCGAGUUCGUGAACUCGAAAACGAACUGAUUAAAUGUAAGCAGAAAAGUUACGAAGACACAGAGCAGGCAUGUUCUCGACCUAAAAUCGACCAGAUGAGCGCAGAAGUUGUGGACUCAAAUCCAUACAGUCGUCUUAUGGCUUUGAAACGUAUGGGCAUUGUUGAAGAUUACGAGAAAAUACGGUUGUAUGCUGUUGCUGUGGUCGGAGUUGGAGGUGUCGGUAGUGUCACUGCUGAAAUGCUAACGAGGUGUGGCAUUGGAAAGUUGCUGCUUUUUGAUUAUGACACUGUGGAGCUUGCAAAUAUGAACCGGCUCUUCUUCCAACCACACCAAGCUGGUUUCAGUAAAGUGAAAGCUGCUGAGCACACACUGAGGAACAUCAAUCCAGAUGUCAUAUUUGAAAUUCACAACUACAACAUCACCACAGUGGACAAUUUCACACAUUUUAUGGAUCGCAUAAGUCAUGGGGGGCUUCAAGUGGGCAAGCCGGUAGAUUUAGUCCUGAGUUGUGUGGAUAACUUUGAGGCUCGCAUGGCCAUCAAUACUGCAUGUAAUGAAUUGGGUCAGACCUGGAUGGAAUCGGGUGUUAGUGAGAAUGCUGUAUCUGGUCACAUUCAGUUGAUUGCCCCAGGAGAAACGGCCUGUUUUGCUUGCGCUCCCCCAUUAGUUGUGGCAGCAAACAUUGAUGAGAAGACAUUGAAGAGAGAUGGUGUCUGUGCAGCCAGCCUGCCUACAACCAUGGGUGUGGUUGCUGGGAUGCUAGUGCAAAAUGUUCUUAAGUUCCUGCUUGGUUUUGGGACAGUAAGUCACUACCUAGGUUAUAAUGCUAUGCAGGAUUUCUUCCCCACCAUGUCGAUGAAACCUAAUCCCUACUGUAGUGAUGUCCACUGCACGAGACAACAACAGGAAUAUAAGAAAAAUGAGGCACAGAGACCCAGGGAAGAUGUGGCUGAAGUCAAAGACGAAGUGGUGCAUGAAGACAAUGAAUGGGGUAUCGAGUUAGUGUCUGAGAUCACUGAAGAGGAGCUGAAGGUGGCAUCUGGACCUGCGCUUACCUUGCCAGAUGGCAUUACUUUAGCUUAUACUAUUCCAGUGGAGGGUGGAGAUGCUGCCUCUUCAGCUGCAACAGUGGGUGAUACAGAUUGCAGUCUUGAGGAACUUAUGGCUCAGAUGAAGAAGAUCUGAAAAAAAAGGAAGAGCAUUUCACACCGACAGAUAGAGAAGCCACACAUCAUAGCAGUGGAAAUUCCUUACAAACUUAACUCUUCAAUCUUUUGCAACUCCUUACAUCUGACAGUAAUCAGCAUGGUAUUAAUAUGGGUUCAUUUUGUAAUUGCAGUUUGCUAUAAGUAGAACUGGCCCAAAUUAAUUGCAAUCGCCAAUCUUAAAAAAGAUGAGACGAAGCGCACAUUUGAGUCCCUUUCAUUUUGCUUAUAUCUUACUUAUGUAAUUAUGUAAGUGAAACUCUUUUAAAAUUCAAAACAUCUGUUAAACUCCUUUGUUAAUUAUUAUCAAGCUAGUGUUAUGAACACUUGUUUCCUAAUGUAACUGACCAAGAUGCCACUGAAAUAGACUUAAGACCAAUGAAAAUACAGAGGAUCUAUCCUGUUAUCAAUCACCCUACAUGGACACUUCUUGAUGGAAGUGAAUUCAGCAACCAAACCAAGAGUCAACAUCAGGUUCUUUUUCUACCCACACUUUGCAUUUGUAAAUGUUCCUGUUGUUAUAUAAUAAAAUUUGUACAAAUAAGAUCUCAAAAUAUUAGUGAUCUGUCUCUAGUCUCUCAAGAUAGUGACACUAAGGUGGAGAGGGGGAAGGAUCAAUGAUGGGUGGACUAGAAAUUAUCCCACUUGUUAUAAGACUACUUUGUUGUGAUUAUUAAACAGACACUUUUAUCCAAAAGGAGUUGCAACAUAUUGACGAUGAAGUGCAUCAAUUAUAGUAAAGCAACUAUUAAUUAAUAUAUGGAUUCAUGAAUAACUCACAUUCAGGAGUCUAACAAAAACAGCAACAGGGUUGUUUUUCUCACUUUUUGGCAAGGAAAUGGCAAGAAAGAGUUAUGCAUGAACUGCAACAAAAAGCCAAUAAAAAUUAGCUUCCCCAUUUCUGGUACUGGAAGUGGGGCAUUUAUGUUCCUGUUUCAUUACACCUACCAAUACAUGAACUUGACCCAUGAACUUGACCCUUGAACUGUUCUAGUAUACCUUGUAUGUGCAAUAUGGAUUAACACCAAUAAAAAAGGCAAUAAAAUGUA